AUGAAACCAAUUCCCGAAGAGGCCGAAGAAGAUGAAGAGGUCGAAUUGAUGGUUGAAGAGAGGGUGCUUAAGGAGCGUGGCUUGGAGGAAAGUGAUACUGAAAGUGAUGGGGGUGAAGAGGAUGAAAUGGACGUUGAAGAAGAUAAUCCAACCGAUGAUGAGGAAGGCGAGGACCGGCCUCAGAAGGCAAAAAAUAAAAAAAAAACUGCUACUAAUAGGAAUUGCUCCAAUGAGCUGGAUGAGUUGACAAAAGCGUUGAGAUCACUAUUUUAG